UUCGAACGCGCGACAGGUAUCUUUUUUAUUUCAAGAAACAAGCCCACCGCCCUCGCCUGUCUCCUCCCGCCGCCCCUCCUCUCCGGUGACAGCGGCGACGACUCCCCUGCUGUUCUCGUCCUCCUCCUCCUCCUCCUCCUCCUCCUCCUGCAUCGCAUCCAGUCCUCUCCAUGGCCGGCGGCACAGCCUCGGGAACGGGGGAGGAGGACAAAGUCGACCACUACGCCGUCCUCGGCCUGUCCUCCGGCGAGGAGGGCGCCUCCCUAUCGCUCAAGCAGAUCGAGAAGGCUUACCGCGAGCAAUCCCGCCUCCGUCACCCGGACAAGCGCCCCGACGACCCCAACGCUACAGCCGACUUCCAGCGCCUUAAAUCCUCCUUCGAGCUCCUCAAGGACGAGUCCAGGCGCCGCGAAUUCGACGCCCGACUCCGCGCUCGCCGCGACCGCGCCCUCCGCGACUCCGCCCUCAGCGCAAAGCGCCGCAAGCUCGCCGCCGACCUCGACGAGAGGGAGCGCGCCGCGGCGGCGGCGGAGGAGGGGAAGGAGGAUGUCUUCGACCCGGCCGAGCAGGCCAAGCGCCGGGAGAAGGAGGUCGCGUCCCAGCUGAAGAGGGAAAAGGAAGCGUUCCAAGCCCGGAAGGCCUCCGAGAAGACCGGUCCCCCUUCCACUUCGACACCGGGGAAAGAGAAGGGAGAGGAGAAUGGUAGGACGGCAAUGUUGGAUAAGGAGAGGUUAUUGAAGGUCUCCUGGGAGAGGGAUUUGGGGGAUUAUAGUGCUGUCAAGCUGCGAGAGCUGUUUGAGAGGUUUGGAGCGGUUGAAGAUGUUGUGAUAAGGACAAAAGGAUCAAAAAAGAGAGGUUCUGCCAUUGUCGUCAUGUCUUCCAAAGAUGCUGCGGUAACGGCUACACACAGUAUGAGUGGCAGUCUCUCAAAUCCUUUGUUAGUUCUUCCUCUUCAAGCUGCUUCUAAUAGCUCUCCUGCAAGAUCUGCUGAACCAAUCAACCCAAAACUGGGCAACAUUGUUGGUGCUGGUUUUCAAGAUUAUGAGGCUUCUAUCAUGAAGAAACUUCAAAAGGCCAAUGAAAAGAGGAAAAACAUGUAAUAAUGUUAAGCAAGCCAACUUGGGAGAUCAUGAAAUGGUUUAGUUUUUCUUUGACAACUUAUACAUGAAGCAAGUUUCUACUCCAAUCUUUUGCGUGUAGUAUCAAGUUUAUGCCCCAGCAAUUGAUUUCAAUUUAGAUUAUCCUUCAUGAAGUAUAUGUAGUAUAAGAUCAUGUGCUUGCCUGAUGGUGUUCUGCAUGAACAUCAUAACAGGGUGGGCGAUACAUUCUCUCACAUAUGGAAACAAUUCUUACCCACAGAUAUUGCAUUUGGAAGAAAUUUUGCCUUUUCGUAGAACUUGGACAUUAUCUGGAGUAUCCUUUCUACAUCUUAAGUUCUGUAUAUUAACUCAUCUAGGGGUGUCUGGGCUUGAAAACAUGACAUCGCAUUCCCUGAUGACAUUUUACUUCCGUGUAAUCUCCAGCAUCCCUUUUUGAACGCUGCUAAGGAAUACUGUCAUGAAUCCGCAACAAGUUACAGAAUUUAUACUGAAGGCAAAAAUUCGGCAUCCCUGUGGUUGUCAAUUAGUUACUUGGACUAUGUAUUGAGUGAUGUUUUAUAAGCUGUUCUUUUCUUCUA